AUGAAGUUCUCUCUCCUCACUUUCACCCUUGUCGCCCUCUGCUCAGCCGCGCCCUUGAGCAAGCGAGCUGUCUUCAGCACCACCUCUUACAACGACCUCUCAAUCAGUGGAGGAGUGGCUGGGAAUGCCCAACAAGAGGCCCUGCAGAAGCUGGGUGGCUUGCCCAACGAUCUCACGACCGUCGAGGAGUCCGACUUGGAUUUCCUCAACAGUGUGAACCAGAUUGCCAACGACGCAGAGACUGACGCAUUCAACGUCGCCAUUGAUGCAGCUGAUGGAGAAGAGGCCGAUGCUCUCCAGCGAGGCAAGAUCAAGAACAAGGUUCUGAAGCUGACCGCUACCAUCCUGAAGCUUGAAGCUCAGCAGGCGCAGGGCCAGGAUGUGUCCGAGAAGCUCGCCACAGAGCAGCAGAAGCUCCAGAACAACAUUGCGCAGGAUGAGGAGGCAGCUGGUCUGGCCUCAACCUUCCUCUCAUUUGAUGCCACCACCGACUAG